UAUUUGGAGCAAGAGUGCUUUUUGCAGAUUUCAAGGUGCUAAAAUGAAGCUUUUUCUCUUCACUGUGUUUGUGGCAGCAGUCACCUCCAGUGUCAGCGGGGGCAAGACCGCGAGACUGUUGGCAGCCAUGAAUGCUGGGAUGCUUAAUGGGAUGAUGGGAGGUGGUUUGAACCCCCCUCUGAUGGCUGGUGGUGGAGUUGGUUUAAUUGGGCAGCCCCAGUUAGCUCAGAUUGUUCCUGGACUCCCUGCCUUUGCUCUUCGAGCUCCAGUUCCUAACAUGUUCCCUGCAGCAGUCAAUCCGUACCAGUUCCCAGUGAUGGGUAUUCCUCAAAUGGCCCAAAUGAAUCCUCCUCAGCAACUUCAAAUGGGAAUGGCUGGUGGUGUCAUGCAGCAGCCGCCUGCCUAUCAGGCUCCUUUUCAGGCUCCUUUCCAGGCUCCUUUCCAGGCUCCUUUUCAAGCUCCUUUUCAGGCUCCUUUUCAAGCUCCUGCUCAGCCUCCUGCUCAGCCUCCUGCUCAGCCUCUGGUUCAGCCUGAUCCACUCCGAAGAUUCAGGCGUCAGACUGUGAAAUCUGAAAAUGCAGGAAAGUCUUCUGUGGACACACAGAUUCCACGUCCCACUGAGUCCACAACAGUUUCUCCUUGUAACAAUAAGGAUGCUAAUUAAGUUCAUGUUGGUAAUAUGUCAAAAUCCUACACCAUGGCACAAAGAGACGUCUCAUGUUGUCUUACUCUAUGUGUCUUCAUGAUUUGAAUCAAAAACAAAAUCAAUCAGUUUUUGUACCUUUGUUUCCAAUAAAGAAAUUAUGUUGAAAUCA